UCCUGUCAGUCUCUGGCUGUCGUCUGAUGGUCUGGCACUGUGACGUGCAAACAUGGUGGUCACCGUACAGAUUUGUGCUCUCUUGUGGAAAAAUUUGAAAACCAAAACACGGAGUCCUGGGACUAUCAUCGGGGAGAUAGUUAUACCCAUCCUGAUGUGUGCCCUGAUCGCCAACGAGAAGCUGAUCAGCCACAAGACGAAGGGCGUCAAGCGCUACGAGCCCCACUCAGUGUCCGCCAACCUAUCCAAUGACCGGCUGGUCGAGCUCGUCUAUGUGCCCACGUCUCCCGCCAUUCGCAAACUUCUGCUCUCUUCCAACUCCACCGCCACCAUCUUUAAGAAGCUGAUAUCCUUCAAGUCUGUGAACGAGGCGUACAAGUACACGUCCAAGAAAUACCUCUCCUACCCACCCGUCAAGUUUGACCUCGACAACAUCAGCGAGGUGCCAACACGCCUCAGCUACAAAGUCAUCCUAGACGUGGAUUAUGAGCCCGGGUAUCAGAGCGCUGAGGCUAUCCAAUACAUGGACUUCUGCGUGACGGUCCUUCAGACGGAGAUCAGUCGUGCCUUCACCAGCUACUGGGCCGCCAGACGGAGCAUCAGCGUCGAGUACGGCAAGCUGAUGAUACAGCGGAUGCCGGAGACCACGUCCAUAUCCACGACGGGCAUCGAGACCAAGUACGUCCUGUACGUCUUCUGGCCGCUCAUGUACGUCUGGCUGUUCACCAUCACCAUCAACUACCUGGUCAACGACCGCAAGUACAUGAUCAAGAUUUCCCUGAGCAUGCUGGGUGUGACGGACAAAGUGUUCUGGCUGUCGUGGUUCAUCACCAGCUUGACCUCCGGUGUCAUCGUCGCCGUCAUCGUCACCAUCACCUACUGCACCGACUACUCGGAGGACGGUCAGGUCAUCGAGACGAAGGCCUCCCUCUUCGCCAUCAUCCAGUUGGUGUACAUCAUCAACACAAUCUCGUCGGCGUUUCUCUUGUCCCACGUCAUCUUUUUUGUAGAGGAACUGGUGUUCGCCCUGAGCCUAGUGUACUACGUGUCGUGCACCGUGCUGAGCCUGAGUGCCGUGACCUACUUCCUGUCACGUGUCCAGAUGUUCAUCAUCGGAACUUUCCUCUACCAGACCGGUUUCUACAUCGUCGUCCAAGACAUCUACAACAAGGAAUAUUUAGGUAUUAUAUAG